AUGUCAAACUUGAGAAGGGUGUUGGAGAGGCAAGAGAGAGAAGAGGAAGAAAUCCGGAGGAGACGUGCUGAGGAAGAUCGGGAGGCCGAUGAAGAAGAGGAGGAAAUGCUUGUAGCCUUUGCUAUGCUUAAUGAAUCAAGGCAACACCACCGUCGUCGUGCCCAGAAUGUGGAUAGACGUAGGCAGUCUCGUGGUAAGAAUCUCAUGGAAGAUUACUUUAUCCCAAAUUCCUUAUAUCCUAAGUAUGAUGCUUAUGGAGUUUUGGGUCUUCUCCCAGAGCAAAAACUUACAGCUGCUUUGCGGAUACUUGCUUAUGGGGCAUCUGCAGAGCAGGUGGAUGCGAUUGCAAGGAUGGGAAAAUCAACUAUCCUAGAAUGCUUGGUGAGAUUUUGUGAUGCAGUAGAAAAUCUCUACACGAGGGAGUACCUUCGCAGACCUUCUCCUGCGGACCUACAAAGGCUUCUAAAAAAAGCUGAUACUCGAGUAUUCAAUGAUGUAUUGCGAGGUCAUUCCCCCCAGAUCACGUACCAAAUCAACAACACUGUAUACUCUGGUGCGUACUACCUUGCCGACGGAAUUUAUCCUAGGUGGACGACAUUCGUGAAAACAAUUCCGAAUCCUCAAUCCCAGAAGGAAAAAAGCUUUGUUGCCUUUCAAGAAGGUUACAGGAAAGACAUGGAAAGGUGUUUCGGUAUCUUGCAAGCUCGUUGGGCUAUUAUUAGGAGCGCUGCUCGGAUGUUAGAUGAGGAGGAUGAGUAUGAUUAUGAAGCUACAGAGGAGUUUGAACCGGAUCCCAUGAACACGUCAUUGACAAGAAUUUAUGAAAGGCCGAUGGGACCAAAUGGACAUCCAUUGGAGCACGAACCGUUACUUCGGGAUGGUCGAUUCAACAACCCCAUGAUUGAUCGUUACCAAGAAAUGCAAUCUUCAUAUGUUCAUGAGAGGCGUCAUAUUGACUUGAUCGAGCACUUGUGGGAGAUGAAAGGCAAUCACAAUGGAUGA